AAACUGACAGUUGUUCCAUGUGAGCAAAGGGGCAGGUCAGCAGCACGCGUUCCCCGCGAGGCAUCUGUGACAAGCUUAGAGCAUGUCGGGGUGAAGUGGAAGGAAGAGCUAACAGGGACUGAUGGUGCCUCAGCCCUUGCAGGGGUUUUCUAUGUGCAAGACAAGGGAGCUGCCUGCUUUCUCCCGCUCUGUUAGCUUUCCUUAGCACUUCUACUUGAAUGUGUUCUAUCUACUUGUGCUCAUUUUUACUCCUUCUGACUCUUCCUUUCUAUUUCCCCUUUCUCUGCCUUGUUCUUCUCUUUCAGUUUUGAAUGUACUAACACUGAAUCAGCACUUCUAAAGCCCUGCCUCUCCCACUGGCUGCACUUGGCCUCCAGGCAUAAUGAGGAGACUGGCUUUUCGAGGCGCUGGUUGUGCUCUGGUAAAGCUGAAGAAGUUGGAUUCCAUGGGUUCCAAGAGGAGAAGAGCUACCUCCCCUUCUAGCAGUGUCAGCGGGGACUUUGAUGACGGGCACCAUUCUGUGUCUACACCAGGCCCAAGCAGGAAAAGGAGGAGGCUUUCCAACCUUCCGACUGUAGACCCCAUCGCUGUGUGUCAUGAACUCUACAACACCAUCCGAGACUAUAAAGAUGAGCAGGGCCGGCUCCUCUGUGAACUCUUCAUUAGGGCACCAAAGCGACGAAAUCAGCCAGACUAUUAUGAAGUGGUUUCCCAGCCCAUUGACUUGAUGAAAAUCCAGCAGAAACUGAAAAUGGAGGAGUAUGAUGAUGUUAACCUGCUGACGACAGACUUCCAGCUGCUUUUUAACAACGCCAAGGCUUAUUAUAAGCCAGAUUCUCCUGAGUAUAAAGCUGCUUGCAAACUCUGGGAUUUGUACCUUCGAACGAGAAAUGAGUUUGUUCAGAAAGGAGAAGCAGAUGAUGACGAUGAUGAUGAAGAUGGGCAAGACAAUCAAGGGACAGUGACCGAUGGGUCUUCUCCAAGUUACUUGAAGGAGGUCCUGGAGCAGCUUCUUGAAGCCAUCGUUGUAGCCACAAAUCCAUCAGGACAUCUCAUUAGCGAGCUUUUUCAGAAACUGCCUUCUAAAGUGCAAUAUCCAGACUAUUAUGCAAUCAUUAAGGAGCCUAUAGAUCUCAAGACCAUUGCCCAAAGGAUACAGAAUGGAAGCUACAAAAGUAUGCAUGCAAUGGCCAAAGAUAUAGAUCUCCUAGCAAAAAAUGCCAAAACUUAUAAUGAGCCGGGCUCGCAAGUAUUCAAGGAUGCAAAUUCAAUUAAAAAAAUAUUUUAUAUGAAAAAGGCAGAAAUCGAGCAUCAUGAAAUGUCAAAGUCAAGCCUUAGAAUAAGAACUGCAUCAAAUCUGGCUGCAGCCAGGCUCACGGGUUCUUCUCACGGUAAAGGCAGCCUUAGUGAAGAAAGAAAUUCCUCUAGCAAGUAUUACCGCAACAAAAGAGCCGUCCAAGGGGGCCGUCUGUCAGCAAUCACCAUGGCGCUUCAGUACGGCUCGGAGAGUGAAGAGGAUGCUGCUUUGGCUGCUGCUCGCUAUGAAGAAGGAGAAUCAGAAGCAGAGAGCAUUGCUUCCUUCAUGGAUGUUUCGAACCCUUGUUACCAACUUUAUGACACAGUUAGGAGCUGUCGGAAUAACCAGGGUCAGCUCAUAGCUGAACCUUUCUUCCAUUUGCCCUCAAAGAAAAAGUACCCUGACUAUUAUCAGCAAAUCAAAGUGCCCAUAUCCCUGCAACAGAUCAGAACCAAACUAAAGAACCAAGAGUAUGAAACCUUAGAUCAUUUGGAGUGCGAUCUGAAUUUAAUGUUUGAAAAUGCCAAACGCUACAAUGUUCCCAAUUCCGCCAUCUACAAGCGAGUUCUCAAGUUGCAGCAGGCCAUGCAGACAAAGAAGAAGGAGCUUGCUAGGAGAGACGACAUUGAGGACGGAGACAGCAUGAUCUCUUCUGCCACCUCUGAUACUGGUAGUGCCAAAAGGAAAAGCAAAAAGAACAUAAGAAAACAGCGAAUGAAAAUUUUAUUCAAUGUUGUUCUUGAAGCUCGAGAACCAGGUUCGGGCAGAAGACUUUGUGAUUUAUUUAUGGUUAAACCAUCCAAAAAGGAUUACCCAGACUAUUAUAAAAUCAUCUUGGAGCCAAUGGACUUGAAAAUAAUUGAGCAUAAUAUUCGCAAUGACAAAUACGCUGGAGAAGAAGGAAUGAUAGAGGAUAUGAAGCUGAUGUUCCGGAAUGCCAGACACUACAACGAGGAGGGCUCCCAGGUAUACAACGAUGCACACAUCCUGGAGAAGCUGCUCAAGGAUAAGAGGAAAGAGCUGGGCCCGCUGCCUGAUGAGGAGGACAUGGCCUCUCCCAAGCUCAAGCUGAGUAGGAAAAGUGGCAUUUCUCCUAAAAAGUCCAAAUACAUGACUCCCAUGCAGCAGAAACUGAAUGAGGUCUACGAGGCUGUGAAGAACUACACGGAUAAGAGGGGCCGCCGCCUCAGCGCCAUCUUUCUGAGACUUCCCUCCAGGUCCGAGCUUCCCGACUACUACCUGACCAUCAAGAAGCCCAUGGACAUGGAGAAAAUUCGAAGCCACAUGAUGGCCAACAAGUACCAAGACAUGGACUCCAUGGUGGAGGACUUCGCCAUGAUGUUCAAUAACGCCUGCACGUACAAUGAGCCGGAGUCCCUCAUCUACAAAGACGCCCUCGUCCUACACAAGGUCCUCCUGGAGACUCGCACAGCCCUAGAGGGGGACGAGGGCUCGCAUGUGCCAAACGUGACCUUGCUGAUCCAAGAGCUGAUCCACAAUCUUUUUGUGUCCGUCAUGAGUCACCAGGAUGACGAGGGAAGGUGCUAUAGCGACUCCUUAGCAGAAAUUCCUGCUGUGGACCCCAGCUUUCCCAACAAACCUCCCCUUACCUUUGACAUCAUUAGGAAGAAUGUUGAAAAUAAUCGAUACCGGCGGCUUGAUUUGUUUCAAGAACAUAUGUUUGAAGUACUGGAAAGAGCAAGAAGGAUGAAUCGGACAGAUUCGGAAAUCUAUGAAGAUGCAGUGGAACUUGAGCAGUUUUUUAUUAGAAUCCGAGAUGAGCUCUGUAAAAAUGGGGAGAUCCUGCUGUCACCAGCACUCAGCUACACGACGAAACAUUUGCAUAAUGAUGUGGAGAAAGAGAAAAAGGAAAAACUACCCAAGGAAAUAGAAGAAGAUAAGCUAAAACGAGAAGAAGAAAAAAGAGAAGCUGAAAAGAGUGAAGAUCCCUCAGCUGCUGCAGGGCCGUCGGGCCUGCAUCGCACGUACAGCCAGGACUGCAGCUUUAAGAACAGCAUGUACCAUGUUGGAGAUUACGUCUACGUGGAGCCUGCGGAAGCUAACCUGCAGCCACACAUAGUCUGUAUCGAGAGGCUGUGGGAAGACGCUGCUGGUGAGAAGUGGUUAUAUGGCUGUUGGUUUUAUCGGCCAAAUGAAACAUUCCAUCUGGCUACACGAAAAUUUCUAGAAAAAGAAGUUUUUAAAAGUGACUAUUAUAAUAAAGUGCCCGUUAGUAAAAUUCUAGGCAAAUGUGUGGUUAUGUUUGUCAAGGAAUACUUUAAGUUAUGCCCCGAAAACUUUCGAGAUGAGGAUGUUUUUGUGUGUGAAUCACGAUAUUCUGCCAAAACCAAGUCAUUUAAGAAAAUUAAACUAUGGACCAUGCCCGUCAGCUCGGUGAGGUUCGUCCCUCGGGACACGCCGCUGCCUGUGGUCCGAGUAGCCUCCGUGUUUGCAAACGCUGACAAGGGGGAUGAUGAGAAGAACACGGACAACUCGGAGGACAGUCGAGCAGAAGACAGUUUUAACUUGGAAAAGGAGAAGGAAGACGUCCCUGUAGAAAUGUCCAAUGGGGAGCCAGGUUGCCACUACUUCGAGCAGCUCCGUUACAAUGACAUGUGGCUGAAGGUCGGUGACUGUGUCUUCAUCAAGUCCCAUGGCCUGGUGCGCCCUCGAGUGGGCAGAAUCGAAAAGGUGUGGGUCCGAGAUGGCGCCGCGUAUUUCUAUGGCCCAAUCUUCAUUCACCCAGAAGAAACGGAGCAUGAGCCCACAAAAAUGUUCUACAAGAAAGAAGUGUUUCUGAGCAAUCUGGAGGAAACCUGCCCCAUGACAUGUGUUCUCGGAAAGUGUGCUGUGUUAUCAUUCAAGGACUUCCUCUCCUGCAGGCCUACCGAGAUCUCAGAAAAUGACAUCCUGCUCUGUGAGAGCCGCUACAAUGAGAGCGACAAGCAGAUGAAGAAGUUUAAAGGAUUGAAGAGGUUCUCGCUCUCUGCUAAAGUGGUGGAUGAUGAAAUUUAUUACUUCAGGAAACCAAUCGUCCCUCAGAAGGAGCCCUCGCCUCUAUUGGAAAAGAAGAUCCAAUUGCUGGAAGCUAAAUUCGCGGAGUUGGAAGGUGGAGAUGAUGAUAUUGAAGAGAUGGGAGAAGAGGAUAGUGAGGUCAUUGAACCUCCUUCUCUCCCUCAACUUCAGACCCCUCUGGCCAGUGAGCUGGACCUCAUGCCCUACACACCCCCACAGUCUACGCCAAAGUCUGCCAAGGGCAGUGGGAAGAAGGAAGGCUCCAAGCGGAAAAUCAACAUGAGUGGCUACAUCUUGUUCAGCAGUGAGAUGAGAGCUGUGAUCAAGGCCCAGCACCCUGACUACUCUUUCGGGGAGCUCAGCAGACUGGUGGGGACAGAAUGGAGAAACCUCGAGACCGCCAAGAAGGCAGAAUAUGAAGAGCGGGCAGCUAAAGUUGCUGAGCAGCAGGAGAGAGAGCGAGCAGCCCAGCAACCGCAGCCGAGUGCUUCUCCCCGAGCAGGCACCCCUGUGGGGGCUCUCAUGGGGGUGGUGCCACCACCAACACCAAUGGGGAUGCUCAAUCAGCAGUUGACACCUGUUGCAGGUAAAAACAGGAGCUAA